GUAUUUUGUUUUAAAACAUGAAGGAGUGAGAUGUCUCUUUAAUAAAGGAUCUUUGUGUUCCUCAGUUCAAAUCUAACUGUCUCGCGCUCCCGCUCUAGUUUCCGGGUUUUAUUCCUAGCAACGCUCCUUGGAUACGAGCUCACUGUGGCGGCCUGACAACAACAACAACAUGGAGCCUCCAGAGAGGCUGGAGGCUUCUUCUCUGGCUCCAGCAGGUGAAGAUGUGAGCCAGUCAAUCAGACUAUCAUCCAUGCACCAACUGGAAGCUCAAAGUCAGAGCUUUGCCAGUCCGGACCAGAGGCAGCACAGGCUGGAGACAGACGGCUUGGAGCUUCGGCAGACAUGGGGGCAAGCUUUGCAGCCAGAAUUUCAGGACAGUAACCUGUCUCCAGCUCUCCCCCUGCUGCCUGUAAACUCUGGAGGGGAACACAACUUCACUGAGUAUUCUUUAUUUCAACAAAGCGACCAAGAGUUCGCCCCUUUAAGAGCGUACCCUGACAUGUCCAUGGCUUCAGAGAGGUUUCACUGUCCACCCCAGGACGUCACUACCCAGGCCUCUGAGUGUGGCUCUCUGUCCCAGCAUCCUUUGGCUCAGGCAACCAUCCUGUCAGAAGAAGGAGCAAGCAGCCGCUGCUCUCUUUCCCAGCACAGUUUGUCCCCGGCAGACAACAACAACACAGGAAAAGGAAGACUUCAAACUUCACUGAUCCCCCCGGCUGAUAGACCGGGAGGAUCCUCCAGUGAAGACUCAAAGACCAGGAAGAAGGACUUUAAAAUGCUCAAACGAGCAGCAGAGUCAGACGAGGAUGAGACUUACUUUCUUCAUAAAGACGUUCCUGCUCAGCACCUCCUGGACCUCCUUCAGAAAGACUUUGGGAUGCCAAGCAGCAGCAGUAGUGCCUUUUCCUCUGCCUCUGAGACGUCAGUGAAGACCGCUGCUUCUUUAACAGAAGAGGCUAAAAGCUCUAAAGUUUGUAAACUAGACUUCGAUCAGAGUACGGUGAGGAGAGAAGGUCCCACAGGUGAAGUCUCUCCUCCACAGCAGCAGACACAAAAACCUGACAGAGAUUCCCACCAGGCCCAAUCACGCACCCUGUCAUCUGAGGUUUGUAACAUCACAGCGGGGCGGCGCAGCACUCUGCCCGACGACAGCAGUGAGGUCUUACACAGAGAGCUGCUGAGUGAAACUGCGUCUAAGAACAGGCAGCACAAAACUCCCUCACCCCUGGGUCAGUUUCUCACACCGUACCCCAAAGAGAGGCACGAAGCCAAGCCAGCUGUGACAAAAACUAAUACAGGAGGGGUGCCAUGGACAGGGCCGUUUUCAGCUGGUGUGGAACGGGGGCACAGAGAGCAAGAUCUCUGGUCCUCAGGGAACCAGACAGGGAUUGAUGGGUCCUACUUGGGCUUCCUUCCACAGUCUCAGUCAACUCCAGGCACCUUUAAGGCCCCACCUAAGUCCAAUGUCAAGGCGAAAUUUGGACAACUGUCUGAUAUAGAGUCCAGUCAGAACUCACGCCAGUCAAGCGCAGGGAUCUUCUCACAUCCAGCUGCUCCGAUGGCUGACGCCCAAAGCUCAGAGGUUGAAGAGGCGACCUCUGCAAAAGUCCAGUCCCUCCCAAGUCUCAACUUCAUGGAGAAAGUGGACGCCUGGAGGGCAAACCAGAGCUCAGGAAAGACAUCUCUGUUUGACACUCUAGCACUGCAGGGGUUUUCUGGAGUCUCCCCUAAGAAGAAAGCUUACGAUGCCGUAUCCGACACCCUGAACCGCAUCCUGACUGAGCAGGCGAGGAGUCUACAGCAGCCUCCUGUUUCCACUGCUGACAAUCAGAACCCUCCACAGAGCUCCUCCACGACUCCCUCUGCCUCCUCGUCUUCAAAACGAGGGGAGGCGGUGGGCAGCGCUCCCAGCGAUAAAGACAACACCGGGUCCACAAUGAGACCCCCUGCCUCACCUUACGGCAGGUCGCAGUCCCACUCCUCCAUCAGCACCGUCGUCACGUCAACGAAGAAAGACCAGCAGACAGAAACAGAGGGCGGUCUGCUUCAACGUGACGGCCUGAACCAGCAGAGCGCCGCAGCUCAACCCUCGCCGUUCAUGAGCCUCGGGCAGUUCAGUGACGUCUCGCUGGAUCAGGAUUCAACUCUGUCAAGUUCCCCAGAUAGUUACUGUGAAGUUAAAGUGGGAACAUCUGUCGGAGCUUCUUCUGUUGUCAGUUUAGAGGUUGAUAACUACGCGCCGUAUUGGACUUCAAAACUAUCAACGCCUCCUCCUCAACCCAGGCACCGAGAGCUCAACAUCGAAGAGAGAAUCCCGUUGUAUCUCCAUAACCUCGGCAUCGACCAGUCUCCCUCAACCAUCCUAACUCCAUUUGCACCCAAGGGGCCAAUCAGAGAGCCGGAAUUCUCCCCCACUGAUCUCUGCACAAUUAAAGGAUCUAUAGGAACCCCGACCAAGAGCACCCAGCCCUCUGAAGGCGGCAGUCCCCACAAAAGAGAGUUCUCCAGGUGCAGCGUUCUCUCAGUGGAUUCAAGUGUCUCCGUACCGUUCAGCCUGGACAGUCUCGGUCCGGCUGUUUCGAUCCCAGAGCAGCUGAGGAGAACUUCUCCUUCAUCGGAUACAGAAGCUUCGCAGAGUGAACGAAGACUGGCAGCUUCCUCCCCCUCGCCGCCUGGCGAAGACUCGUAUCCCUCCACCGUGAGGCAGCAGCAGCAGCAGAGGGACAGCAGCCUGACCAGCAGCCAGAACACCAUCCAGCCAGGAGACAGGUUCGAGUCAUCUUUCCAAACCAGCAGAAGUCUGGAGCAGAGUGCAGCCGAUUCUUUCGUGAGCUCUAACGCCCUCCUAGAGAUCCGUAAGCUCCUCUCUCAGGCGCAGACUGUAGUGUCUGCAGGGUCCUCCGUGGCGUCCUCAGUCUCCCCUGCGGCGCCCCGUCUGCUCUCUGAUAACGACAUCUUUCUGUCACUGAGGAAGACAUCCAGCAGACCUCAGGAGUCCUCACUCUCCUCCUCCUCUGAUCCUACCACUCGAUCCCCUCUACUGUGGGCCAGGUCCUCCUCCGACUCCAUGCUGACCUCAGACAGAGUGAGAGAAAGCUCCAUUGGUCGAGAGAGUAUGACAUCAUCAGGGCAGCUCAAUUAUCUUGCCACACAAGCUCCAGCAGCGGCGGCUCACAGAAGGCCGCCAGAUAACAUUGUGAGUCCAGACGCAGGGCUGUCCUUUGUUCGGCGAGCAGAGCCUGAGGGCUGCAGUGCUGCUCCUCCUGAUAACACCGCCCAACCCAAACCAGCAGCCAUCAAUCCUGCACCGGCUCAGAGUCCAACUCGGCUCGCCUCCCCUCCUCCGGACACUUCAGGAGUCACAGAGGAGGAAACACAGACGACCCCUCAGAGUCCCGUGCAAAGCAGCUUCUCCUCGUCCAUCCCCGAGGAUCAGGGCGGGAUGAGCGACGGGAGCAGCGAGAGCUCGCUGGCCGUCAGAGUGGCCAAGUUACUGCAGAAUGAGUCUCCAUCGACCAUGGUGUCCAGUGCAGCCAGUACGACCGACCAGGAGGAGAGCAAAGCCAGAGAGUGGAUCAAGCUGAAGGUGUCGGGGCAGCAGUGUGAGCCUCUGGUGUUGGACCAAGAGGACAGAAGACGGAUCGAAGAGAUCAAGAGAGAGCUUCUGUUAAAGAUCCCAAUAAAGAGCCACGGGAGCACAGACACAGAGAGCAGUGCAGCCUCCAGUGUUAGAGCAACAAGAGGAGGACAAGAAGAGAAACUCCCCUCCCUCUGUGAUGCUGACAAACAGCCGUCUCAGCCGCAGCAGGUCCUCAUCACAGAUCUCUCUGAGUCCAGCACUCAGAACCCUCCUCCCUCCAGUCUGGAGGCUCAGGUACGAGAGAUCGCUGCCAGAGAAGGGGUGACCCUCCCGAGGACGAACACUCUGGCUCUCACAUCCAUCACGAUUGCGACUCGUAGGCGCUCUACCUCCCCCUCUCCCUCCACGUCACCCGCUCCUCCUCUCAGUCCAGUACCAGGACUGCUUCACCUGGCGGAGCUCUCCACAGAAGCAGAACAACCUGAAGAAGACAUCCUGAUUCCUCAGACAGCACUGGGCAGUAAGAAGAGACAGGACACUGUCGGAGGGCAGCUGGAAGAAGCUCCUCUGACCUCUCACGCCUCAGGAGGAGAAGAUGAGACGCAGACCGUCAGACGAGAGGAGGAGUCACCCGUCCAGGAUCGCUCUGUGUCUGCAGUUAGUCCUGAAGGUGAACAGGUUACAGCUUCAUCCACCUCUGAGCCUCCAGCCAGGACGGGCCACGUGUCACAUGUCCAUCUCACUCUGUCCCCUAAAUCUGAUACCAGCCCGAGCCCUGCUCUCCCCCCUGCUCACCCUGAUACAGGACCAGAGCUACAGAGUAAAGACUUUGUGCCCCUCAGACACUCGUCUUCCUCUGCUGCUUCCAGCAGUCUGGAUGAAGGGGUCGGUUUGUCCAGUCCACCAGACUGGAACGAAAGAGUUGACACCUCCACGCUCUUCAAACCCGCCGCACCUCAGGGGAAGAAGUUCUCACAACCCUCGAUGCUAUUCCACAGAGCUGUGGCGUCACAGAGACCCUCAACCACGGAGACACCCGCCGUUCCUGUUCUGUUGCCUUAUAAACCUCACGGCAGCGAGGAGCUCUUCUACGUCCCUCAAACUAAAGCUGACGUCUCCUCCACCGACCGCUCUGACACCACCAUGGAGAGCUCCCACACAGGUUCAGAUGACGCCGUGCCGCCGCGCUUCAGCAGUGAAGUCCUCGGGCACAAAGACCCGGGGCUGGACCGAGGAGUCACCAUCAGACACUCAGAGGGGAUCUACAGCAAGAGGUUAAAGACAACCGCCUUCAAAAUGCAGGAGCCGGGACCCCGAGGUCCCUCACUGUCCGCAGAUAAAACCUCUCAAACAAACCUGACUCCAGAUCCAAAGCCAUCCUCUCAGGUCUCAGUCGCCUUCACCAGAGUGCCUUUAUCCAGAAACCAACACACCUCCAGGAGAGACCAGGGGACCAGUCCUGUGCCGUUCCUCAGCUCGGAUCACCCGUGGCUGACCCGGGAGGGCUUUCAGCCCGUCCAUGUGGAUCCAGAGUACAGCAGGGUGAGCCGACGUAGGGGCCAAAACCUGCAGGAUCAGGAGACAAGGGACUCAGCUCAGCCCAGCACUCUGGACCAGCUGUGGCAGAGGUUCAGUGAACGCUGGAGUCAAGAGGAGACCAGACCGACCGGGGACAGAGAGACGUCACUCUUAGAGCGCCUGGAGCGACUCUCUCGUAUUAUUCACAGCACGAGAAGGAGCGACGUCUCAGAGGAGAAUUACUCCACAGAAGAGAGGAGAGGAAGAACAGGAGAGGAUGCUACAGGAAGAGAGAGAAGGAGGGAUGUCAGAGGAGGAAGGAAGGUCGAAGAGGAAGCUCCAGUCCUGAGUUCUCAGCCUGCAGACGAGGACAGACGUCACUCCUUCGCCUCCAGCUUCUCUCUGAGUCCUCACCUCUGCCCCGCCGACAGAGACGAGUCAGAGACCGUGUCCACCAUGUCCACGGCCGGCUCCAUGUCCACCGUCGACACGGCGCGGCUGAUCCGAGCGUUCGGUGCUCACAGAGUCCGGCACCUGAAGACCAGCUCAGGUCUCGGGAAACUGUACGGAACGAUCAACAGACAGAAAGAAGGGAGGGAGCAGAGGAGAGGAAGAGACCAGGAUACACAUCACGUCAUCACGGCGUCAGAGAACAACCUCACGGAUGAAUCCACGGUUACGGCUGACUCAGCUUCAUCAAGCAGCACUUACACCCUCCAGUCACACCACGGCCCGUCACGGACUCUGGAGGCAAAGAAGGCUGUGAGACUCCUCAACAAGAGCGUCCAGGCGGGCGACCUGGAGCUCGUCAGUAACGCCACUCGUCGACACACCAGAGACGUUGGAACCACAUUCCCCUCACCAAGUGAAGCCAGGACAUCCAAGCACAUCUCAUCUUCAUCUUCCAGCUUAGAGGGAGGAAGAGGAGGGAAGAGAAGCUCCUCUAAGACUGGAGGGUUACAGAAACAGAGGAAGAGCAAGAAGAGCCCCUCAAAGAGUUACCCUCAGGGUGUCUCAUGGUUCAUCUCUGCGGACGAGCUGAAGUCAGAGGCGAGGAAGGAGAACCAGCCUGAGGAAGAGGAGUCCACAUGGAGGCAAAGCACCGCCUGGUUUGAGCCGUACAGCAGAACCAAACCCUGGAGGGAGCCGCUCCGACAGAGACAGGUCCAUGAAGACAGGGACCAGCAGACCAGGUUUAUACAUCAUGCUGAUCCGGACCAAGACCCGAGCACUAAAGCUGUGUCCUCUGGUCUGGCUCAGAUCUCCCUCCAGGAGGCUCUGGAGAUGCGUCGCCCGGACUUCAUCUCUCAGUGCAGACAGAGAGUGACGCGUCUGGCUCUGCAGGCGGAGGAGAGGAAGCUUCAGACCGACUUCAGCAGAGAGAGAGAAGAACUCUUCAGCCGGCCUGGAGGAGCAGGGAGGCUGCAGAGGCCUGCAGGCACCGCUCUGCUCAGGAGGGCCGUUCCCAGGAAGGAGAUGAUACAAAGAUCCAAACAGAUUUACGAGAGUCUCCCGGAGGUGCAGAGGAGGAGAGAGGAGGAGAGGAGGAAAGCAGAGUAUCGAUCGUACAGACUGAACGCUCAGCUCUACAACAAGAGAAUCACGGGACGCGUCCUCGGGAGACGGACGGCGUGGCAGUGAUCGAACAGAUCAGUGAAACCUUUAAUUCUAAAUUAAAUCCGAGCUGUGAAAACAUUUUAUACCUUUAAUGAAUUUUAGAACUAACCUACCUUUCUUAAACUCUUCAGUGAUAAUGUGACAAAGUAGAACUCCACUCGUUCCUUUUUCUACUCACAGAUCGAUGUCAUGUUUUUAAAAGUUCAGAGUUUUUUACUGUGAAAAUAAAGAUUCAGAGCGGUGAAAUGAGACGAACACA